AUGUCGGAAACAAUGCUCGCUGAUAAUAGCAUCAAUGGCACCUCUAACAUGAAUUCUUCCGAGGACGUGAAUGCAUCACUCUCUGACAAGCGUGUUCAUCUCCUACUUGCAGCAACUGGAUCAGUCGCUACCAUCAAAAUCUUCAACAUCCUUAGCGCUCUUGCUCCACAUGCUCAGAAGCUAUCAAUACGAGUAAUAUUCACAUCCAACGCCAAACACUUCUUAGGCGGCCAGUCUGCCGAGCAACCUACGAUCUCAUCUCUACUCUCAAUACCAGGCGUGGAUGCUAUCUAUGAUGACAGCGCCGAAUGGGGGCCAGAGCCGUGGCGUCGUGGCGCUGAUAUCUUGCACAUUUCCCUUCGGCGCUGGGCAGACAUUCUUGUCAUUGCUCCUCUUUCAGCCAAUACCUUAGCAAAGCUCGCCAACGGUCUUAGUGAUAAUCUAUUGACCUCAGUAUGUCGGGCGUGGGAUACCGAUGGCCAAAUUGAUGGACAACGAAAGCGGAUUAUAGUCGCACCUGCGAUGAAUACGGCCAUGUGGCGGCAUCCGGUGACGGCUCGGCAUAUGAAGGUGCUUGGAGAGGAAUGGGGCGUUAAAGUAAAUGAGGAGUCUGGAGAAGAGACAGGAUGGUUUGAGGUGUUAGCGCCUCAAGCGUCAAAGGUUUUGGCAUGCGGGGACGUUGGGGGUGGUGCCAUGUUGGAAUGGACAGAGAUUGUCAAGGUCAUUGAGAACAGGUUAGGGUUGGGUGGGAAGCAAUAG